AUGGGGGCACCGACGCGGCCGAGCAAACGCAAGGCCGGCCACGUGGGCUUCCAGGCGAGCGAAGUCGCGUUCAUUGAAGAUGAAAUGGCGGCACUGGCAGCUGAAUACGGGCUGCGCGUGGAUCGAGACGUCGCGGAGCACGUGCAGCAGCGCAAACAGCACAAGCGGUCGCGACGACGACAGCGCCUGAGCGUUGCAAGUGACGUCACUCGUAGUUGCACUGUCCAUACGGCUCUACAGGACCGCCCGUUGCCUGAUACAGCGAGUGCAUUGCGCGCGCUGCACGACGAGGCCGCUGUCCACAAACAACUGCUCGAGCACGUGGCGGAUGUGCUGCCAGAGGCCUGUGCACUGAGAGCCUGUGGUGUGCCUGGCUGUUCGUGUGUGAAUGGGUCAAAGGUCAUUGGACUACAGAGCCGAAAGGAAGAGGACAGCCAUUGGACCUCAAAGCACGUGCUCGAGAGGGCCGAGUGUCAAAAGUGUCGCCAUGGCGUGUUGCAGCACGAGGUGAAGGUACGGGAAGACGCGGUCGAUGGCGUUGCAGCCCGAGUGAGUGGCACGCAACGCCUGUUGCAGGCGCUGUUUCAGGUGAUCCGUUUCGGACGGAUCAGUGCGAUUUGUCUCCAGAGUCGCGUGUGGACCACGUCCGCUCUCGAUCAACUCGACGCAGUAGUCGGACACCUCAAGCGACAAUGUACGUCUGGCGGAUCGCAGAAUGGGCAAAAGUCAGCUGAUGAAGUGCAGCACGAGCGGCAGCUGCUAUCGCACUUGCAGACACAGUUGCGGAAAGCGCGACAGGCGGUCGGGACAGCGUCGUGGGAUGUAUUGCGCAUUGCAUUGGCGUGUGAAUGGGAUCAACUGUACUUCCAGACGUACUAUGUCGCUCUAGUAUUGUACGGACGUGCGUGUGGUGCAGUGCCUUCACCAGAAGUGUACUGGAAAGACCUCGAGCAGUUCACUCCCGAAAGUGCGUUGCAAUUGGAAACGUUUGUGCAUCGAGAGCUGGUGAACUCGAGUGUGCCGUCUCGAUUAGUUGCGGCGCUAGCACUUCCAGGUCUUACGUCCUCAGCGUCAAAGGACGAGCUCGGGCGGAAGAAACUGCGUCUAGCUCAGCAAGAGAGUGACAACCCUUUGUUAGCCAUCUACCACGCACGACUGCGUGAAGGUGUGCACCUCUUUUACGAAGAAGGUGUUGGGAUGAAUGGCGAAAUGGACGCCGUGCUCGCAACGUCUUCAGGCAAUGACUCGAGUGCCAGUACGAAAAUCAAGAGCAACAAGAAGAAGCUGCAGAAGAAGAACUACCGUCGUGAGAGGAAAAAUGGUGCACGGGCUGGAAUUAACAUUGAACAAAACGUGUCGGCUGCAUUAGCAGAGAUGCCUUGCUUCCCCCUUCUAGCAGACUGGCGCAAUAAUUGUCGUGAUUGGUGCUGUCACUUGUACGCGUAUGCGACUCCAACGCAGCAAGCGCUGGAUGUGAUGAAGAAGUAUGCACCGAUUGUUGAGAUAGGUGCUGGCACUGGCUAUUGGUGCUCGCUCUUGCAGCGCCGUGGCGUCGAUAUUGUUGCGUACGACAAGGCUCCCCCCAGUGAUGCGAAUGCAAGUGGGAAUGUGUAUCAUGGUCAUGUGCCGCAGUACUGCUCCGUUGGUCGUGCUGGUCCAGAAGUGCUCGGCCAGAAGGAUAUGGAAAAGCGUAGUUUGUUUUUGUGCUACCCGCCACCAGGCGAUGCCAUGGCUGUUCGCAGUGUUCAGUUGUUUCAAGGGAACGUGGUGAUGCAUGUUGGCGAGUGGCAGGGGGAUACGGGUGACAGUCGCUUCGAACACGAACUGCAGCGCCGCUUUGUGCUCGUGGAGGAAAUUGCGCUGCCGAACUGGGGCAACUCUGCGUACGGACUGACCGUGUGGCGCCGCAAAGCAAAAGGUGUCGAGCAUGUGGCUUGGAAAGCGAUGAGCUGUUUUCAAUGUGGCAAGACGCGCACUGCUGCUGCUGCAGAGGGCAAGCGGCUGCGACGAUGCGUUGUCUGCAAGACCAAUGUGUACUGCUCGCCCGCAUGUGCGCAACAAGAUGCAGUCGGCCAUGCUGCUGAGCACGCGAUACGGCUCGUGUUUCUCGAAGCUCCUGCUUCUAGCUCAGCAUACGACCGCAUGUUUGAGAGUAACGCCUACUAUCGCGAACUGCUUGCGCCAGCGUUAAACGAUAGCGUUGUGGCUGUUGCGAGUGAUUGGAACGCACUGGUGAAUGUUGACGCCGCUACUUCGUGCAAUAGUACGGAUUCGAGUGGACAAGAUGGAGACUGCGAGGACGAAGAGUGCGACUUGGAUGUUGAGACCGAUGUUAAGGGCUCAAGUAAGGCCGCGUUUGCUUUCAACUUUGGUAAAUAG